AUGGCUUCCAAGAUAACUCCUUUCGUUUUUCGAUCCGCAUUCAGACCAGCAAGAAUAGCUUCACGAUCACAAUAUCGGUCAUUUGUUGCCAGCAGUAGAUUAUCCAGCGAUACUCUCAACGUUCAUCGUGAUACACCCGAAAAUAAUGCCUCUAUUCCUUUCAAAUUCACACCUCAAAAUGAGAAGCUUGUCGAAGAAAUCCUCAAACGUUAUCCUCCACAAUACAAAAAGGCUGCCGUUAUGCCAAUCCUCGAUCUCGGACAACGUCAACAUGGUUUCACUAGUUUGAGUGUUAUGAAUGAGGUUGCUAGAUUAUUGGAGAUGCCUCCUAUGAGAGUUUAUGAAGUGGCUACCUUUUAUACUAUGUAUAACAGGAAUCCAGUGGGCAAAUAUCAUCUCCAAGUUUGUACUACGACUCCAUGUCAGUUAGGUGGAUGUGGAAGUGAUGCGAUUGUUAAAACGAUUGAGCAACAUCUCGGUAUCAAGCCUGGUCAUACUACGAAGGAUGGACUAUUCACCUUUGUUGAAGUCGAAUGUUUGGGUGCUUGUGUGAACGCACCAAUGGUUCAAAUCAACGAUGAUUUUUAUGAAGAUUUGACACCCGAGUCAACCGUCACAUUACUUAAGGCUCUCCAGGCUAGCGCCUCGGAUAUCGCCGGUACGGAAGGUGGAAAAGGUGCCAUUACUGGCGACGAUAAGAAUGUCAAGUCAGGUGCGGAAGUAGGAGAGGAUUCUGGAAAAGUUUAUAAUAAGGGAGGUGUUAAGGUACCAAGUCCGGGACCAAUGAGUGGAAGGAAAACUUGUGAGAACCUUAAUGGUUUGACAAAUUUGACAAGUGAGCCAUGGAGUAAGGAGGUUUUCAAGCCUGAAUGGCAAUAA